AUUUGAAUUGUGUGGGCCGUUGGAUGGGGCAGCUCCCGGAUGGCGUGUGGCGCAGCGCGAGAAGGGAAAAGUGACACGGCCGCUCUGGAACUUCUGCCCAGCGCGCCUCGGCUUUUUGGUGGAAGUUACUAAGCAUAGCCACAGUCAAGGAGAAGGAAAUCAGGCUCCACAUUUUGAAGGGGGAGGAGUAUCAAACUGGUGUCACUGACCAAGUGGAGUAAAAUGAAUGAAAGUAAGCCUGGAGGCUCACAGAAUCCCACAUGUGUUUUCUGUCGAAAAAAUGAUGACUGUCCUAUUAAAUAUGGAGAAAAGAAAACUAAUGAGAAAUGGAAUCUCACUGUACAUUACUAUUGUUUGUUGAUGUCAAGUGGAAUUUGGCAGAGGGGUAAAGAAGAAGAAGGAGUUUAUGGUUUUCUAAUAGAAGAUAUCAGGAAAGAAGUGACUAGGGCUUCGAAACUGAAAUGCUGUAUUUGCAAGAAAACCGGUGCUUCAAUUGGAUGUGUCGCACCCCGAUGUAAACGAAGUUAUCAUUUCCCAUGCGGACUUCAGAGAGAAUGUAUUUUCCAGUUCACUGGCAAUUUUGCGUCAUUUUGUUGGAACCAUCGACCUGUUCAGAUAAUUACAUCUAAUAAUUAUAGAGACUCCUUACCAUGCACCAUUUGCUUGGAAUUUAUUGAGCCUAUUCCAACUUACAGCAUAUUACGAAGUCCUUGUUGUAAGAAUGCUUGGUUCCAUAGAGACUGUUUACAGGUUCAAGCAAUAAAUGCAGGAGUGUUUUUCUUUAGGUGCACAAUAUGCAAUAAUAGUGAUAUAUUUCAGGAAGAGAUGUUGAGAAUGGGAAUUCAUAUUCCUGAAAAAGAUGCAUCUUGGGAAUUAGAGGAAAAUGCUUAUCAAGAGCUUCUGCAGCACUAUGAGCAUUGUGAUGUCCGAAGAUGUCGUUGCAAAGAAGGGCGAGACUAUAAUGUGCCUGACAGCAAAUGGGAAAUAAAGCGCUGUCAGUGUUGUGGUUCUCGCGGAACACAUUUAGCCUGUUCCUCACUACAAUCAUGGGAACAAAAUUGGGAAUGUUUGGAAUGUAGAGGUAUUCUUUACAAUUCAGGUGAUUUCCAAAAAGCCAAAAAACACACAUUACCUAACACUAAUGUGGGAAUAACUGAUUGUUUGUUGGAGGAAUCCUCACCUAAAUUACCCAGACAGUCUCCUGGAGCCCAGCGUAAAGAUCUGCUGAGGCAAGGCAGCAAAUUUAGAAGAGAUAUUUCGACUCUAAUAAUAGAGCUAGGAUUCCAAAUUAAAAAAAAAACUAAAAGAUUAUUUAUCAACAAAGCCAAUAUCUGGAAUAGUGCCUUAGAUGGAUUCAGAAAUCAAAACUUUAAUCCUUCAUAUACAAUUGAAAUAGCAUAUGUUAAUGAAAAUGAUCAUUUUGGAAAAGAGCAGCCUGGAUCAAAGCAAGAAUUCCUAAGUCUCUUAAUGCAGCAACUUGAGAACUCACCAUUGUUUGAAGGGUCCUUGUCAAAGAACUUGUCUCUCAAUUCUCAAGCUCUGAAAGAGAAUCUUUACUAUGAAGCUGGCAAAAUGCUUGCCAUUUCUUUGGUUCAUGGUGGUCCUUCACCUGGUUUCUUUUCUAAAACCUUGUUUAACUGCCUUGUUUAUGGACCAGAAAGUACCCAACCAAUUUUAGACGACGUCUCAGACUUUGAUGUGGCACAGAUUAUAAUCAGGAUAAAUACUGCAGCAACUAUGACUGACUUAAACUCUUUAAUAAAUGAAUAUUAUAACUACUUAGAGCUUAUUGGAUGCCUAAGACUUAUAACAUCAUUAAGUGAUAAAUAUAUGUUGGCAAAAGACAUACUUGUUUAUCAUGUAAUUAAGAGAGUCCAAGCACCUUUUGAAAGUUUUAAACAGGGUCUGAAAACUCUUGGUGUUUUGGAGAAAAUUCAGACUUAUCCAGAAGCAUUUUGUAACAUCUUCUGUCAUAAACCUGAGAAUCUUUCCACAAAAAUUCUUAGUGAUCUUUUUACAGUACACACAUUAUCUGACGUACAGGCUUUGGGGUUUUGGAACAGUUACUUACAGGCUGUUGAGGAUGGUAAAUCUACAGUAACAAUGGAAGACAUUCUUAUUUUUGCUACUGGUUGCAGUUCCAUUCCACCUGCUGGAUUUAAACCCACUCCAUCAAUUGAGUGCCUUCAUAUGGAUUUUCCUGUUGGAAACAAGUGUAAUAACUGCUUAGCUCUUCCUAUCACCAGUACCUAUAAAGAAUUUCAAGAAAAUAUGGACUUUGCCAUAAAAAACACUCUAAGAUUAGAAAAGGAAGAAAAUUCUCACUUCAUUGGACAUUAACUGUUUUGAACAAAGAGACGCUUCUUUAAAAGCUGCUGUUGAUACUUUUUGUUUCAGAAAUCUGUCCAUCAUCACUUUUGAGCAAACUUGGCCCAAUAAAACAUAUGAUAUGAACAUAAAGGAAUAUUUUGGCUACUUAAGCUAAAAAGUUUUUUUGUUAAGGUGUACCAGUCAGAGUUGAUACUUUUCUAUUUUCUUAAUAUACAUGCUUCAUAAACCUCAAUAUAAAUACUUUUAGAAUGGCUGUACAGACUUUCAAGUAUAGUGGCAUGCUAUAUAUAAGAAAACUUGUACUCACUGUUUUUGUAAAUUGGGAUUAGCUAUAGGAUGCCACAGUGAUUUUUCUAGUUUUAUGCAAUUUUCAAAUUAUUACUUAUUUUAUUUUAAAGCAUUAAAUAGGAAAGCUAAAUGAUAAAUCUUGUUAUAUAAAUGAAAGGCAUAUAUUUUGGGGUAUGUGUUAUAUGUAUCCUUUUCUAGGAUGGCACUAAAUUCGUUGUUAAAAAUGUUUUUAGAUUAUUAAGUUAUGUUAAAAUAGAUCCACACUGCAAUUAGAUUAUGCCUAAGGGGAAGUAUUAUAUUAAAAAGCAGAAUUGCACAAAUAUUCUAGAAUCUAUGGACAUUCCAUAGUCUUAAAACACUUCUGAGGUGGAUUAAAAUACAUUUGAAAAUCCCUAA